AUGGCCGUCUCAUACACCAAGCCUGGCGGUCGACGACGCGUUGCGAAGCAGCCCUCCGUCGGUCUCGACCACUCGAUACCCUCUACAGACACCACACUGUCCCCCGAACAUAACGCCCUCACGACUCGCACCGGUGUGCACGCGACCCCGCCACGACGACACACCAGACAAUCUGUCAGGAUCUCCAUUGUGCCCCCGACCCCGACGCCUGAUGUGCCAACGCGGGAAUGCAGUCCCUCGACCUCACCCGACACGUCCCCUCUUUUCCACACUACACACAGCGCACAGUCGUUCAUGCCCCGCCUCCCUCUCGGCUAUGACCCGGACCCCGCUUUGCAUGGCGAGGGCAGCAGCCGGACACCAGCCUCAACCAGCCUCCGGCCACCAAAGAGGGCACGCUUAAUGAACCCUGUCCUGCCCACGCCAUCGCUCCUGAUUGGUGGAGGUAAGCCUCGCCGCCAGCGACGAACCGGCGGCGCCGAACCGCGGCCUCGUGCGACACGGUCGCGGCGCGGCUCAGCUACGCCCGUGUCGCUCGAGAGCAUUGCCGCCGAGUCCGACGCCGUCAGGGCCGAGGUCGUUCGCUUAGGACUUUCAAUCCGCAAGGUUGCUCCGGACGGUAAUUGCUUGUUCCGCGCGCUGUCUGACCAGCUCUGGGGCGACCAGAGUCGCCACGUCGAGGUCCGCAAGCGUAUCUGCGACCACCUUGAGCAGCACCCCGAAGACGUCGGCGACUUCGUGGCCGGCUUCCUCGACCCGCGGGGCAACGAGACGUACGAGGAGAGCUACGCGCGGUACGUGGACAACAUGCGUCAGCAGGGCACGUAUGGCAGCCAUGUCGAGCUUCUUGCCGCGUGCAAGGUCUUCCGGCGUAGCAUUCGCCUCGUGCUCUCGCAGACGAGCCACACUGUCGAGUUCGAGUCUACGUCUCCUGCACCGAAGAGCAAGCCCAAGGGCGACGAUGCUGACAGCGAGGCGAAGGAAGGCUCUGGAACGGCAAUUUCAGGUCGCCGGCGCAGGGCGAAGGGCGCAGACAGUGCGCCCGUCUCAGUUCCCGACGCGAAGGAAGGCCACAGCAUGUUAUGGCUUGCCUUCUUCGCCGAGGCCGAGCACUACGACAGCAUCCGCAAGGGCUCCGGCUCUGGGCCCGCCGAGGUCCCAGACAGCCUCGCAGUCCCGCACUCGCGUGACGUCUCUGAACUCGCGCGCCGAGAACGUGGUGACUUGCCGCCGGAAGAGCCGUCGCGCCGAUCGGGUGGGAAGAACGACAAGCUCGCACAAGUGUACGCCUCGCUGCCGCCGAACCACGGGCUCAGCGACGAGCAUGUCGCCGGCGUUCUGGCGCGCGUGAAGGGCGAUAUCGGUGAGGCCGUCGAGAUACUCCUGGAGGACAUCGACCUCGAGGCUGAGGCCGGUUCGCAGAGCAGCAACUCGAGCGCCCACGUCGAGGCAAUGCUCAGCGACAAGGACGCUUAUCGAGAGCGCCUCAACACGCCGUCCAGCGAAGAGUAUGCCGCCAGCCCGUCCGACUCGGCAAGCACCGCACCCACCUCCCCGCUCGGCAGUCAGAGUGAGCGCGAGGACCCCGAGCCUGCUACCGAAGACGACAAGGGUGGUCACCUCCUGCGCUCCGGCCGCAGGACCGCCACACCAGCGCCGCCGUCCGCCCCGUCGUCGAGCGGACCUUCGAGCGGACCUACGACUAGGAGCCGCAGGCGCCGUGCGAAGAUGUAG